GCCGCAAUGGGCCCCUCGCCCAAAGCCCACCAGAAAAGAGAAAAGUCUCCACCCCUCGGCCCGCCCGUCCGGCCACGCGCAACUCCGCUCCGCGCUCGCCCCACCCACCUCACCGCGCUCGCCCCACCCAGAUCUCGCCGCGAUGGCCCGCGCCGCCACCGCCGCCCGCGCGGCCCUCAUCCUCCUCGCCGUCAGCGGUGUCCUCAUCAGUCCGGCGGCGGCGGAGAUCAAGCAGGAGUUCUUCAAGGACGACCCCCGCGGCUCCAUCCUCUUCGAGAAGUUCGGCUUCGGCCCCCACGGCAUGGUGUCCGUCUCCGUCACCGGCGCCAGGGCCUCCUCCACGCUCGCCAAGCCAGACCCCUCGCAGCUCGGCUUCUUCCUCCUCUCCGACGAGGCGCUCUUCGAGGCCAUCUACGAGCAGCCGCCGCCCACGGAUCUGAACCCCAACCCGGAGUCCUCCCCCAACUGCGUCCUCUCCAGCCCCUACGUCAUACCGCUCUUCACCUUCGACAGACUCGACGCCUCCGGCCACUACAAUAAGACCUUCCCCAUCACCCACCCCGAUGAGUAUAGCCUCUUCUUCGCCAGCUGCGCGCCGGAGACCAAAGUCACCAUGGAGGUCCGCACCGACAUGUACAACACCAACCUGGACGGCACCAAGGACUACCUCUCCGUCGGCAUGGCCUCAGUCCCGGCGAUCUACGCCUUCUUCGCCGUCUGCUACGUCGCCUUCCUGGCCGGCUGGCUCUACAUCACCCUCUACCGCAACCGCCUCUCCGCGCACCGCAUCCACCACCUAAUGACCGGCCUUCUCGUCGCGCGUAUGCUCUACUGCAUCUCGGCGGCCGAGGACCAGCACUACAUCCGCACAGCUGGGACACCGCACGGCUGGGACAUCAUGUUCUACAUGUUCCAGCUCGUGAAGGGUGUGAUCUUGUUCGCUGUGAUUGCGCUGAUCGGGACGGGGUGGUCGUUCCUGAAGCCAUUCCUGCAGGACAAGGAGAAGAAAGUGCUCAUGGUGGUGAUCCCGUUGCAGGUCGCAGCUAACAUUGCUGCUGCUGUGGUUGGCGAGACAGGGCCAUUCUUGCAGGGAUGGGUGACAUGGAACCAGAUCUUCCUGUUUGUUGAUGUUGCCUGCUGCUGCGCUGUGCUCUUCCCAGUUGUGUGGUCGAUGCGCUCUCUGCGGGAGUCAUCCAAGACAGACGGCAAGGCGGCCAGAACCCUUGCCAAGCUCACGCUCUUCCGCCAGUUCUAUGUCGUCGUGAUUGGAUACUUGUACUUCACUAGGAUCAUUGUGUAUGCCCUCAAGACAAUCACCAACUACAAGUACAGAUGGGUGAGUGUUGCGGCUGAGGAGGUGGCCACCAUGGCAUUCUACAUGUUCAUGUUCUACAUGUUCAGGCCAGCUGAGAGGAACCAGUACUUUGCCCUCGAUGACGAUGAGGAGGAAGCUGCAGAGAUGGCGCUCCGCGAGGAGGAGUUUGAGCUCUAGAAGACCACGGGGAACGCCCAAUGACAUGGGAAUACAGCCAUCUCCCAUUCGAUUUCUCCUCGAUGUCAUGUUGAUCAUACUAUACAGAUUCAGGGUUUAGCUAAUAUAUGUCUAUGUAUUGUGGUAAAUCUUGUUUCACUCCUUCCUUAGAAUCGGAAGCUGCCGACGAGACUUUUGAUAACUAGAUUUCUGGUGUUGCAAAGUAAGGGGGAAUUCAAUUACUGUUGUCAUUUUGCCUA